AUGACGAGGGUUUAUGUUUACAGUGUCGCUCUCGCAGUAUUUAUCGCUGCGACAACAAUGACUUUUGUAUCCAUCUUCAUACCCGACUGGAUUACAUGGGAUGUGACGACACCGAACGGUAAUCAUGUAACGAAAUCGAUAGGACUUCAUCGCAGCUAUAGUUCGCUCACAGGCCACUCUUCUCACUUCCCUACAUCGGAAGAUUGUGCAGGGCCAGACAGGGGAUUCUGUUCCAUGUGGCGAUCUGUAGGAUUUCUCAUGUCUUUUGCGGCUGUGGUAGAGUUGGUUACAUUGGUGGCAUAUGUAGUUGUCUUAUUCGGUGGCAAGCAGAAGAGAGAGACGGGCUGGAAAAUACUAGCUUUCUUGCUAGUCUUGGUGGGUAUAGUUCAAGCAGCUGGGAUGAGUAUUGUGGCCUAUCUAUAUGACCAUGAUGAACAAUUCUUCCCGGGCUGGAAGCUGGACAAAGGAUGGAUUUUCUGCACUGUCAGUUGGUGUCUCUCGAUUGCAUCCGCUGCAGGUAUUGCCAUCUCUGCAUUUGCCCUCGCCCCUGAAGAUGGCUACGAACUCAUACCAAGUGAGCGCUCCGGAGGAAUUUCCGCAUAA